AUGACUGGCCCCAAAGAACCGCACUUCAGGGUCAUCAUCGUCGGCGGAGGCGUCGCUGGCCUAGCAGCAUCUAUCGGUCUCCGCCAAAAAGGCCACCACGUGACAAUCCUUGAAAGCACAUCAACUCUCCAAACCCUAGGCGGAAGUCUCUUAAUCCCUCCCAGCGCGGCGCGGGUCCUUGAUAGCUAUGGAUUGUGGGACACGUUCAAGGAAUCGGAGAAUAUACCGCCGGGAAAUACAACGUAUUGGUAUCAAGAUGGGAAAGUGCUUGAAGAGAUCAGCUAUGGAGCGAUGGAGGGAGCUUUUGGAUUUCCGAUUAUGGGAACUCCAAGAGCGAGGUAUCAGAGGUUGCUUUUUGAAGCUGCGGUGAAGCGGGGCGUUGAGGUUAGACUUUCGUGUCGGAUACAGAGCGUGGAUGAGGAUGCCCCUGCUGUGGUAUUGAAGGGUGGCGAAAGAGUUGAGGGUGAUCUGAUCAUUGGCAUCAAGUCCGCUGUUCGCACUACAGUCUUGGGUGGGAAGGACGUCCAACCAAUACCAGAGAGUAUAGCAUACCAAUGCAAUAUCUCAGGAGACGCUAUGAGAAGCAAUCACUUGACAGCUCCGCUCAUGGAAGGAGGAGGUAUACACAGUUGGUACGGUCCAGGAAGUCAAAUGAUAUGCGGCUCAGACAGUGAAAAGUCAUCCUAUCGAGUAACCCUAAUAUUCUACCCCUCACCCUCCAACAAAACAGCAGAAUCUCUUGACGUCCUAGCCGCCAACUCAAGCAGUUCAUACAGAAAAGGUUCCGUAGAAUCAAUGCGCAAUGUCCUGAGAGAUUUCGAGCCUCGAGUGCGGAAGUUCGCAGAGUUGACCCAAGCAGAGGAUUGUUUUCUCUGGAAGAUCGCUCAUUUACCUCCUUUGUCGUCGUGGGUUAGUCGGAGCGGGAAGGUGGCACUUCUGGGAGAUGCGGCUCAUGCUAUGGUGCCGCAUUUGGGGAUGGGAGCAGCAACAGCAGUCGAAGACGGAGGAAUCCUCGCCGAAUGUCUCUCUCGCGCUACUUCCGCAUCAGAUAUUCCAGCAGCCCUCAAAGCAUACGAACGGAUCCGUAAACCACGAGCAGAGCGCAUACAAGCCGCUGCUCUUGUGACUGGGAAGUAUAAAGCGAUGCCUGAUGGGCCGGAGCAGGAGAAGCGAGAUCGUAAGAUGGCGGAGAGGAUGGAUGUCAGGAAUCCGAAAUAUGAAUAUUGGAAGGCGGGUGGUGGAUUGGAGUGGUUGUAUGGAUAUGAUUUUAGGAAAGCUGCGAGGGAGGAACUUGAUAAGGUUUUUGGAGUGGAAGUGGAGAGUAGGGCUAAACUGUAG